AUGUUUAAUUCUGUAAUAUCGUAUCAAAAUCGAGUCAGUCGGCAACAACGUCAGCGUCGCAAAAAGCGAAAAGUUUCAUUAGACAUAAUAAACAAUGUCGAUUCUUGCAUUACCUCAUCUGAUGAUGAUGAUGAUAUUAUAGGUAACAAUGCAGACCAUCCAACAAAUACUCAUGAAGAAAAUGCUCAGGAGUAUGGUACUCCUGAAGUUACUCAAUAUAAACAUGAUGAAUUAUUAUAUUCGGAUUAUUCCAAUUCAAUUAAUAAUACACACAUUUCGAGUGAUGAUGAUACUGAUUACAAUGAAGAUUUUGUUAAUUUAUCUUCUGAUUCAAGCUCACCAUUAUAUGAAAAUGCUCAUAUUUCAGUUAAAGCUGCUGCUUCAAGGAUCAUGUCUAUGGCUAGUGAAUUUAAUUUUUCAAAGAAUGUUGUUGAACGUGUAUUAAAAGUUUUCAAAACGCUCUUGCCAAAUCCCAAUUAUUUACCUACAACACAUGCAUCUAUACGUAAAUCGAUUGGUGCGAAGCCCUCAUCAUCAUCUAAAUUUUAUUGUAAUUCCUGUCUUCAAUUAUGUGUAUUAAGAUCGGGACAGAAAUUUUGCGACAAUGACAAAUGCGCAUUGGUUAAUAAAUCACUACGGAAUCGGAACAUUAGUGAAGUUGUCACCUUAGAUAUCAAACAACAGUUAAAGUCAAUUAUUACUAGAAAUAUUUAUUUAUUUGGUAACAAAAACCUAUUUGAACCUUUCGACAUCAGCAAUGGUGAACAUUAUAAAACAUCUAUAACAUUAUCAAAUGGACCCAACCAAGUUUCGAAAAAUUUCAUUCAUUCUAUCAGUUUGAAUAUUCAUACUGAUGGCGCACCGCUGAUUCGUACAACGAAAUCUUCUAUAUGGCCAUGUUUAGCUUCCAUAGUUGAACUGCCUCCACAAGUUAGAGAAAAUCAAAAAAAUAUAGUUAUUUUAUGUUUAUGGAACUCUUCAAUAAAACCAAAUGUUGAUUUAUUUAUGAAUGAUUGCAUUCAACAAUUAUUGGAUUUAUCAACACUAUAUACAUUAAUUGUUAAUAACUUACAGUUUUCUAUUAGUGUUAGAACUCAAUUAUUUUUAGCGGAUUUACCAGCAAAAGCUCUUUUUUGGAAAACGAUAAAUUAUAAUGGAUAUAAUGCAUGUGCUCAUUGUUUAACUGAAGGCAUAUAUAGAAAUCGACAGUUAUUAUACCCAUAUAAUAAAAAUAGUUAUCGCCAACGAACUCAUACGAAAUUCUUAGCAACAGCUCAAGCGAUUGAUAAUCGUAUACUUAAUGGAAGUAAAGGCGGUUGUAUUGAUGGUAUUAAAGGUAAGUCUUCUCUACUGAAAGUAUUUGAAUAUCCAAAACAAACAAUUAUUGAUUAUAUGCAUUUGUGCUGUCUUGGACACAUGUCAUCACUGAUUCAACGUUGGUUACCAAUGUUAGAUAAAGAUGCACUUGAUUAUAUCAAUUCAAAAUUAUAUUCUCAACGAUUUCCUCACAACAUGAGUGUUAAAUUUAAUUAUCCUUUAAAUUUAUGCAACGACUGGAAAGCGAAGCAUUUUCGCGUGUUCAUUUUAUCCAUUGGCCUUCCUUAUGUUUUAACUCGUUUACCACGACUUUUUGCAUCACAUUUCGCUUUAUAUUUGAUGUUUAUUAAACUGCUACACUGUCCGAAAUCAAUCGAUGAAAUUAAAUUAGCAGAUAAAAUUAUACAUUAUUACUGUCAAACAGCGCCUCAAAUAUAUGGUGAAUCAAUUGAAUUAUUUUCACUUCAUGCUCAUCUACAUUUACCACAACAAGUUUUGAUGCAUGGUGGUACUCUUGCUGAAAUGGAACAACUUGCUAAAGAGGCAGAAGAAACAUCUACUUACACAAUGAAUUCUGAUAUAAAAUCCGAUACUGAAGAAUGGCAUAAACGAAAAAAAUCAUUGUCAAGCAAAAGUCGUAAUCAAACAAAUUUACUCAAUAAAGAAUUAAGUGACUUACAUAAUUUUGAUUCUGAAGGACAACGAACAUAUACAACACUGACUUCAUGUUCAUUCGAUGACUUUGAUAAAACUGUUGAUUGUUCUCGAAUAUCAUAUAAUAAAAAUGCUAAUGAUGAAAUAACUUCUGAAGAAGAAGAAGAUGAUGAUGAUGAAGAAACAGGUAAAGUUGCAAAUCAUCAUGUUUUGAAUUCUACUUUUAGUCAUUCGCUCGCAUCAAAAUCAAAGAAGCGUACAUCAUCACGAAUAUCUCGAAAAAUAUCCAGAAAACGACCUCGAAAUAAUAUUACUUCAUCAUCAAUUAUAAAUCAAGAGAAAACUGACGUCAAUCUAUCAUCAUUUUCGAUCCUAAAAGAAUUGAGUCACAACUUGGAUCAGCUUCGUAAACAAAUAGCUAGUCUCGCUGAUUCCUAUGAUCAACACCAAAACACACUUACUUUGGUCUUAAACAAUCAGAAAAAAAUAGCAAAAGCGCUGCGACGUCAUAAGAUUCCAAUUCAAUUGUUAGAUGAGAUGGAAACUGAAGCAUCAACAUUCACUACUGAUCGUGGCAGUGUUAUGUACGCAUUUAGUAAUGGUGAAAAAAUUGAUCUUAUUCAAAUUCCUGCUGAUAAAUCAAACCCAAACAAAUUCGUAUUAAAAGCCAUCGAACAAAUAUUCAAAGAACCAAAAGAACUUGUUGAUACUGAUCCACAUUCUAUUGACACAGAUAAACGAGUUAUAACUAUCCGAAAUGCUGUUCAAGUUAAAUUUGGGUUGACACCUGAGGAGUUGACCACAGUUUGGAUGCCGAUGUUGGAAUGUAUUAAAUCUAAGCGAAGAAAUCUAAAAGCUAAACUUAAAAGAAAUACGAUUACAUCAAAUAAUAAUAGUCUUCGUAGUGAUCUUGGAAAACAAUCAGCAUCAUCCGAAGAACCGAAUCUCAAUAAUCCACAUGCCAACAAAGAACUCUGA